AUGGCGUUGAAAGUGCUGGUUGGGCAAAAGAUUAUGAACGAGGUGGUGAAAUAUAAACCACCACCACCGAAGAAGGCUGGCGCUGUGGCUGCUGCCAAGGCACCAGGCGGCAUGGAAUGGCGAGUGCUGGUUGUUGAUAAGUUGGGUAUGCGUAUGGUGUCCGCCUGCACCAAAAUGCAUGAAAUAAGCGCUGAGGGCAUAACUCUGGUCGAGGAUAUCAAUAAAAAGCGUGAGCCGUUGCCUACAAUGGAUGCCAUCUACUUGAUCACACCAUCGGAUGAGUCAGUGCGUGCUCUCAUACGCGACUUCGAGAAUCCAGCCAGGCCAAUGUAUCGUUAUGCGCACGUUUUCUUCACUGAGGCAAUACCUGAAGACAUAUUCCAUAUGUUGCAAAUACGCAGCGAUAUAACGCGCAAAUAUAUACGCACAUGCAAAGAAAUCAAUAUUGCAUUUAUAGCCUAUGAGGAUAAGGUCUACUCGCUCGAUUCGCCAGACACCUUUCAGUGUCUAUAUUCGCCAGCGUUUGCUUCGAUACGCGCCAAGCACAUCGAUCGCAUCGCCGAGCAAAUCGCGACUUUGUGUGCCACACUCGGCGAGUAUCCGAUGGUGCGAUAUCGCACUGACUGGGAUCGCAACAUAGAUUUGGCUGCUGCGGUGCAGCAGAAGUUGGACGCCUAUAAGGCGGAUGAGCCCACAAUGGGUGAGGGUCCGGAGAAGUCACGUUCGCAGCUCUUAAUAUUGGAUCGUGGUUUCGAUUGUGUAUCACCGUUAUUACACGAAUUGACUCUGCAAGCUAUGGCCUACGAUCUCUUGCCGAUCGUCAACGAUGUCUACCGCUAUACACCAGGUCCAAAUCAGCCGGAGAAGGAGGUGUUGCUUGACGAGAACGAUGAUUUGUGGGUUGAGUUGCGACAUGAGCAUAUUGCGGUAGUAUCUACGCAGGUGACACAGAACCUGAAGAAAUUCACGGAAUCUAAGCGUAUGACGUCGACCGAUAAAGCUUCCAUGCGUGACUUAUCGCAAAUGAUUAAGAAAAUGCCACAGUAUCAAAAGGAAUUGUCCAAGUAUUCUACACACUUGCAUUUGGCCGAGGAUUGCAUGAAGACCUAUCAGAGCUACGCCGACAAAUUGUGCCGCGUUGAACAAGAUCUGGCCAUGGGCACCGACGCAGAGGGUGAGAAGAUCAAGGAUCACAUGCGCAAUAUUGUGCCCAUCCUACUUAAUGCGGACGUUUCCAAUUUCGAUAAAGUUCGCAUAAUUGCACUUUAUGUCAUGAUUAAGAAUGGAAUUUCCGAGGAAAAUCUAACCAAACUUUUCACGCACGCCUCUCUCUCUCCAAAGGAUCAGGAUAUGGUGCGCAAUUUAAGCUUUUUGGGUGUAAAUGUGAUUGCCGAUUCGCGCAAGAAAGUGUACAAUGUGCCACGUAAAGAACGCAUCACCGAACAUACCUAUCAAAUGUCGCGUUGGACACCGGUGGUGAAGGAUAUUAUGGAAGAUUGCAUUGAGGAUAAAUUGGAUCAGCGUCAUUUCACUUUUCUGGCUGGACGUGCGCAGAAUACCAAUUACCAUGCGCCUACAAGCGCUCGCUACGGCCACUGGCAUAAGGACAAGGCACAGGCGCAGGUUAAGAAUGUGCCACGCCUCAUUGUAUUCAUUGUGGGUGGUGUUAGCAUGUCGGAGAUGCGCUGCGCCUAUGAAGUGACCAAUGCUGUAAAGAACUGGGAAGUACUCGUCGGCUCAUCGCAUAUAUUAACACCGGAAGGCUUUCUCAGUGAUUUGGGUAGCCUCUCGAAGGAGGACUAAGCAGGGCAGCUCGAAAAUAUUAACAAUUAUUAAUUUAAAGAAAAUUCAAGGUUAUGCUAAUAAAUAUAUAUUUAGUUAAAAAAUGCAUUAAUAAUUUUAUAAGCGUAUAAUUCAGGGUUUAAAUGAGCGGAAGCGUACGAUCUUGUACAGUAAAAUGUUGCCUAGUAAAUAAUUUCGAGCGCGUUGAGGGAAUUGUUUGUGUUUUGUUAAAAAGUGUGUUUAAAGGUGACGCAAUUUUAUUAUUAUACAUAAUUAUUAUUACUAUUACUCUUUUAUUGUAUAAUAUUGAUAGAAGUACUUGAAUGGCAAUUGAAUUUUAGUUUAGCUCAGCGCUAAAAUCUUUUCAUAUGUAUCUUUAAAUUCAUAAAGGUAUGAUAAAAAAACAUAUUUACUCUUGAAAAUACUAUCUUGCAUUAUUGCUUACGACAUUUUUGUGCAAAAUCGACAUGAGUCGCUUAAAUAUAUAUACAUAUAUAAAUAUAUAUUUAAUUGCUUCA